CGGCAGUGUUGUCGUGAGUGUGGUGGAGGGAAGGUGUGCGCGCGGCUCUCCUCCAGGUGUUUGAAUACCAUUGGAGACUAUUGUUUAAUCUUCAUCAAACCUGCCGGCGUGGGAUCAGUACAAUGUGAUUGUUAACGUGCGGGUCAAUACUGGUGACUAGUUCUUGAGGGUGUGGUGGAGGAGGGCCGCGGGCGAGUCACCACCUCCUCCAAGGUGUCCAAGAUUGCUGGCAUGUUCCAGGGUGGCAGUGGUGGUGGCAGCGGGGUUCGGGCCACCUCUGACGACGACUCCUCCACCCCCGCCUCCUCCUCAUCCUCAACGACGGGUGGCGAUGGGCCCUCUCAUGCCACUGUGGUGCGCACGGAGUCACACCUGGCUCGCUUCAACAAUGCCCGCGCCCUCUUUGAGAAGAUGGGCCAGGGGGAGGCGGCCCAGCCCAAGGUGGUGGUCCCCUCCAAGCUUGCACCCUUGGUUGCUAUCACCAAGGUUGAAGUCAAGCCAGAGGUGAAGGUGAUCUCUAAAUUUGAAGCGAAGAUUGAUUCUGUGGCAGCAGAGGUCAGGAAGUCAGUCACUACCACAACAGCCACCAUAACAACCACCACCACCGUCACCACUGCCUCACGGCAGGGUGUGACGCCGCACCACUUAAGGCGGACAGUUGGGGAUAGUUUCAGCAGUGAAGAGCAAGGUCGUGGUCGCAGCCCUCGAGGGGAGUCUGUCUCCCCUUCCAGGUCGGUGGGUGAAGCGUCCACCUCAUCCUCCCGUUCCACGUCGCCCAGCCCUGCCCGAACCACCAAUGGCCAUGCUCACCACACACUUCAGGAUGGGGGUGGGGGCUCUGUGGCCAUCGGGAUGGGAGUGGCAGGCCUAGGGUGCCGGCGACCAGGCUCGGCUUCCAGCCGUUCACUGUCAACUUCCAGCACAGAAUCUGACCCACCUCGCAGGUGGCCUCCUUCCAGGUCUGCAGAAUCCAAGUUAGUCUCCAGACCAGAGUCUUUCAAAACAGAGCUCCAUGCUGCAGAACUAAGGAAGGCCAAACCGGAGAAGCCAGCGAAGCCCGAAAGCUUGGAACGUAGAAUGUCGACCCAUGAACAGCACCAAGAGCUCAUUGCUAGGCACAAGAACUGGUUCCAGAGCUUCUCCAAGAACCGCUCACCAGCAUCUUCACCCAGCAAAGCUGAGCCUCGACCCACCUCACCUUCCAAAGCUGAAAUGUUGCCAUCUUUGCUGACCAAGUCUGAGGAGGAGAGACCCACCUCGCCAGUUAAGAUUGAUUGGAAGUCAACACACGUGACCAAGCUGGAUCUAAGGUCUCCACGGAGUAUGUCGAGCGGUGAGGAAUGCGAUGGGGUCGAGGAGAGAUUGAGGGAUAGAGAUGAGAGAUCCGGUGAGAGGGAGAGAGAGGAAAGAUCAAGAGAGAAUGAUGAAAGAUCCAGGGAGAGAGAGAGUGAAGAAGGCAGCAGCAGUAGUCGGUCAGUGAGCGAACAGGAUGCGUGGUCGUCAGUGCUCCAGAACCGAUAUGGACCGAGAGCGAAGGAUGUCUUGAGUCCCAGAUCUCGUGUGGAGGGGGAGACCAGUGCAGAUUGGAGAAAAGAGAGAGCAGCAAUUCUUUCUGGUCGUUCGGGUCAGCGCCACAGCAGCAGCGAGGAUGAGGUCACCAUUCCGGUCAAGGGUCAACCCAAACUGGUCGACCCCACCCGCUUCGAGGACACCGCGACGCUCCAAUCCGGCUGGUCGCCGCCGCAGAACUACAACCAAUCCGAGGUCUCCAGUUCGCCCCGCGAGGGCCAAUCAGAGACGCCGCCGAACGCCGCGUACGACGGCCAAUCCCCGGCGGUUAAAACGUUGAAGGAAGAGAUCAACGUUGCCGAAAGCGCCAAGAAUUCCCGCCAUCAAGGCGUCACAGAAAACGGUACCGCCCACGAGCACUUUGCCGGGGAGACUGUAGAAAAGGAGGAGAUUGUCGCGCUAGAGAAGAAGGAGGAAGCGGACCUCAUCGUGAGUGAAAGUGUAGUGAUUAAGGACUCGGUUAAAGAGAAAGACAUAGAGAGAAAGGUCGAAACGUUGACUAAAACUGACCGGAGUGAGUUGUACAGUGCGGCGAGGCGACCCGGUAAACCCAGUCAGUCGAAGGAGACGUCUGAAGAAGUCAAUCAUAAACUGAAGGAGUCGAUCUCCGGGUGUAGUGAGACGUCGGAGAGGCGGGACCUGAGGAGAGAGUUGGAGGAGAGGCGGUUGAGGAGGGAAGAGGCAUUAGAGAGGAGGAGGGAAGAUGUGGCGGAGAGCAGGAGGAGGAGAGAGAGGGGCGAGCUGCCUCAGAAGGGGCUUAGAGGCAAGGUAGGAGAGACGAGAACUAGGGAUAGCAGUGAGGAGAGUCGCGGCUCGAGGCACAGCAGUGAAGAGACACGCGGUGUAACGCACAAAGACAACAGUGAAGAUUCUCACGGUGUAAAACAUGUAGAUAGCAGUGAAGAGACUCGCGUUGUAGGGCACAGAGCUAAUAGCGGCGAAGAGGCGCACGGCAUUAGACACAGAGAUAGCAGUGAAGAAAGACACAGUGUUAGACACAGAGAUAGCAGUGAAGAUAGUAGUGUAAGACACAGGGAGAGUAGUGAGGAGCGAUGGGGAGCAGGGGUAAGGCAUAGGGAGAGCAGUGAAGAGAGUCGAGGGGAGGGGAAACAGAGAGGGAGAGGAGAGGAGAGAGUCAGACCGACCAGGAAAGUGAGAGACUCAAGAGUGACCAAAGAAAGGAAAUACAAUGUCCCGGAAAAGGACGACCUACGGACCUCCAGUGACAAAAGUGGGUGGAUUGAGGCGACGGCGCAAGCUGCGCCCCACGCCACGGCCUCUGCGCUACACACCACGCCCUCUACGCCACACACCACAACCACUGCGCCUCACAUCACAACCACUGCGCCUCACACAAUGCCCUCUGCGCCACACAUCACAACCACUGCGCCCCACACAAUGCCCUCUGCGCCCCACACAACGCCCUCUGCGCCACACAUCACGUCCUCUGCGCCCUACGCCACGCCCACUGCGCCCCACGCCACGCCCACUGCGCCCCACGCCACGCCCAUUGGUGGCGGGGAGGAGCCGCGGGGAGGGGCUGAGGUGGUGGUAGCAGGGGUAGUGAACGCCUUCAAAGCCGAGACAGUUUACGUGUCGAGCACUGAGGACUUGUCGCAGCAAGACGACAGGAUCCUCCUCCUCAAGCUGGCGAACUCCCCCGAGGGCAAGAUCAAGGAAGACCUUGAUCUCAAGGAGAAGGAACACGAGACGGUGGAGGAGGACCUGAAAGAGAACCACCAGGUGUCAGAAACUCACGACGAGGUCCCAGUUCGACGUCAGUUGUUCCCCGACUUGGUGAGUGAAUGUGAGGAUAAAGAAGCGACGGUCGACUCCAGAAAGGUGGAGUGUGAAGUCAAUAAGGUCGAACUCAGGGAGGUGGAGUCCGAAGUCUCCAAGACGGAAUCGAGAGCCAGUUAUGUGGACGACCAGGCCACGAGGGAAUGGACCAAUGGGGACGAGGGCGAGGUCAAGGGGGAGGAGUCAGAGAGGCCAGUCCAGCCCCCUCUCAGCCCCCGGGCCCAGUCAUUGGCUGCCCUGGACGCCCUGAUCCACGGCCGCCCUCAGGAGACCCCGCCCACCAGAGGCACCACCCAGGACGACAACGAGGAGGAGAUCGUCUACGACCACACAGUCACCUCGGCUCAGUACACACUGCAGUUCUGCACCACCCCGUUGACGGUCGAAGGCACAGUGCCGGAGCUGGAGAGCAAUGACACAGACCCUGAACCCCUGCCGCCACCCAUACCCCCACAUAGUGUGGACCCUGCCUCCAUCCCUGAAGUUCAGCCCACGUCCUGUGAGCAGGUCGACCCUGAUAUCAUGACGGCCGAUGAGGCUCAGCGGCUUCUUAGUGCCAACAUUUUGGAAAAAAAAGUCAGGGAAGCUCAGGGUCUUCUGUCAGAUGAAGAGGCACAGGAGGUAGUCCUCCUCUUGUCACCACAAGAGCACGACGCCUCCAAAUGUGUACCUCCUGUGCCUCCACACCAUCCAGAAGUAGUUCCUGGUGCCCCUCCACACUUCUCGGAUGCCCCGCCUGCAGUACCCCCGCACUACGCAGAAGGUGCCCCUCCUGUUCCUCCACACUUCACCCCGGGUGAAGAUGAGUAUGACACCCGUGUUGCGUCGCAUUUUGAUCCAACUCUGACGUCUCCCCUUAGCCCUGAAGACGAACCCUCAGAGGCAGACUCGUCGGAAAUAUCUGGAGAUGUUUAUCAAGUGUCACGAGUUAAAGAGGUUCUGGUGGAGGAUGGAGUUCACUAUCUGGAAGAUGGUCACUUUUGGGUGGAAGUUCCUGGCUUACCAGACGAUGAUGAAGAUGAGGAUAAUGAUCCAUCUAUACCGUUCCAUCCUCACACCAAGCUCACCUUCUCUAAGGAUCCGGUCCAGGUGUUCAGCACAUACUCGGUAACAGAAUAUGACCGCAAGAAUGACGAUGUUGACCCGGUGGCGGCGAGUGCAGAAUACGAGCUGGAGAAGCGUGUUGAAAAGAUGGAUCUUUUUCCUGUUGAGAUUGUCAAAGGUGAAGGCGGUCUUGGUCUCAGCAUUAUUGGCAUGGGUGUUGGAGCAGAUGCUGGUGUGGAGAAGCUGGGUAUAUUUGUUAAGACCAUCACUGCAGGGGGUGCUACAGAGAGAGAUGGAAGAAUACAAGUCAAUGAUCAGAUCAUUGAAGUUGAUGGCAAGAGUCUAGUUGGAGUAACUCAGGUAUUCGCAGCAUCGGUUCUCAAGAACACCAGCGGACGAGUCCACUUUCUGAUUGGACGUGAGAAAGAUCCGGAAAACAGCGAAGUGGCCCUCCUCAUUAAACAGUCACUUCAGGCCGAUCGUGAACGAGAAGAGCGCCGUCGAGCACUGGGUGGACCGGAUUAUGACCCUCACACAGGUCACAGUCUCUUCGACCCCUUAUCAUCACCCUCAGAAGAGAAUUCCCGCUCAGAAGAGGCCUCUGUACAACAUAAUUACGCCUCGUACCUGGAGGGUGCAACAUCCCCCACCUCACCAGAUGCAACGUCUCCACACCCGGAGGUAUUUGAUUUGGAAGGCGACACAUCGGACACUUCACCUGAGAAUGAUGUUUCCAUGCUCAAGAUGAAGUUGAAAGAGGCUCAGUAUAGACAUGCAGUCGCCGAGGCUGAGGUUACGAAGCUGAAGAUGACAUUGCUGGAAAUGGAGAAGGUUGUAACGGAAAAUACGCAGUAUACUAGUCAGCUCCUCGAUGCCCAAAAUAAGAUGGCAGAAAUGGAUUGUCAACUGCAGUCCAAGGUCUCCGAGGUGUCCACAUACCAGGACAUGUUGGAGCAGUCUCAGGGACAGUUUAUUGUCUUAGAAAAAAAAUAUUAUAAGGCCAAAAAAAUUAUUAAAGAGUAUCAGGGUCGGGAGAGAGAUUUCCUUCAUCGUGAAGAGUAUCACAUAACUCAACUUGAGGAGAAGGACUCGCACUAUAAUGCUCUUGUAAAGGCACUUAAGGAUAGGGUAAUACAUUUGGAAGGGGAGUUGACAAGCGUUCAGAAGAAAGCAGGUAUGCCCGUGCAGGUUGGCGGCGAUGUUAACGCCCAGCCAGGGCUGUGGAACCUCCAACAGAGCAACCAGUCUGCCCUCUCCAAGCAGCCUCCCUGCAAGCCCAGCCUGUGCACGCUCGACCCUGAGAUAUCGGAUACGGAAACGUCCGACACCGGCACCUUGGAGGGCGACAAAGCCAACACUGUAGAGCGAAAGUUACCUGUAAAAGAAGAGCUGGACGAGGCAGUGCCGCCACACGAGCUGCUGGACGUGUCAGCAAGUCGUGCUAAGGGGGAGCUGGCAUCCCGCGGUGGCCUGGCGAACCGUCACUUGCCCUCCCUUAAGAAGACGACCAGUAUGAGCAGCGCCAGCAGUCAGGACCAAAGUUUAGAUGAUAGCAGCCUUGACGAUGACCUCCCUGAAGCUGUUAAACAUCCACCACCAGCAGAGGCUACACAAGAUGGGCAACAGGAUCAGGGGAGUCGGAGGUCAGCAGAACCCCAGGAGUCUUCCCUACCCCCUCAUAGUCCCCCUCACACCACUAGUAGCACAACCCAAGCCAAAUCCCCGCAGCCUCCUUCAUACACCCAAGCAACCAUGGGGAGUGUGAGCCAUUUAGGUAGCCCCCCUCCUUAUCACCAUCCACCGGGCCAAUUUGCCUCACCUCGACAACCCUUCACCUCUUCUCACAUAUUGUCCGACCCGUCCAUCGGUCUACCUAUGAGACCUCUGGGUGUCGGUAGUGACGCACAGACACAUGAAUCACGCUCGGAAUCCCGUCCUGAGAUCCCAUAUCGCCACCCCCCUCCUGUUGCCCGAGUACAACCAGUCAACCGUGCAGAAAUUUCUGAAUCGGCUAGUUUGGCUGCCCACUUGGCCAAUCGCACACCUCAGCAGCAGAGUUUAGCUGAACAGCUCAAGGCUUUGUUAGCUGAGAGAGAGUUAGACAGUGAUGGAACACAGCACAGAAAUGACAGAGAGGCGAGUCCAAGCAAACGAUCGCCAACGAGUCUUAUGGAAGAUGUCAGACAAGCUGUUUUACAAGCAGACGUCUCACCUUCAGUUUCCACACAACAAUACUGGCAGCACCUGGGCAAGAAGCCAGUAAUCAGUGCACCUGUUCCUUUGUCGUCAACAGCACACGUGGUUGCCCAGGGUCAGAUUGUGCACCCGGUCGGCUCUCCUCAGCGAUCGCAGUCUGCAUUUUAUUCUCCUGGUGGUCGAGAAUCUUUACGUGACAGUAGUGGUGGAUCUCCAAGAUUAGGCCGCAGCAGCAUACAUACUAGUCCGUUGGGUGGAGUCAGUGCCAAUCCUUCAGGUGUGGUGCUGUUGAGCCAGAGACCACUAGAUUCUUCACUACCAACACACAAAUUGGCACCAGGUGUAGAUGGCAGCAGUGGUGACUUAAGCAGCGGGCCUGCAUCCUUAGGGUCAGGGGAUGAGGGCUCGGGCGCAUCUUUAGGGUCCCAGAGUUCCCUCUCCCUAACUCAGCCACCAACUGAGAGGACCAAACGGUCACACAUGUGGCAGACCGCACCCGUUGUUGACUGGACCAAGGAGCAGGUGAGUCAGUGGCUGGUAGUCCAAGGGUUAGAGAGUUGCGUCGGACGUUUCCAAGAUAUUGGUAUGACCGGUCCAAGACUACUUAAUUUAGAUAUACGAGAUCUUAAGUCAUUAGGGCUACCAGCAGAAGAUAAAAGCAAGCUUAAGAGAAAGGUUAAAGAAUUAAGAUUAGCGGUUGAAAAAGAGCGUAAACAAGCCGAAAAAGAGAAGAAAGAAAGAGAAAGAUUACAGAAGAAGGCAGAAAAGCUGGCAGAGAAGGCAGAAAAAAAGAAAAAAUAGUUUUAUACGAGGUAACAACUUGCGUUAGUACAUAAUCUUUGGAGGAAAUAUGUGAUUGCUAUGUCAGGCAGUUUAUUAUUUCCUUCCAUUCGUAACAUGAUCCUAUUACCUGACAAAACGGUCUUGAAAGUACAAUGCAGAUAUAGUUUGUUUGCAUAUCCUAUUGACUAAACUGUAUAAAUCCUUAUCUUUUGUUUAUUUGAUGGGGGGGGGGGGAAGAGAUAACAGAUUUUUAGUCUUCCGUUUCUUGACACCAUGACUCAUUAAGUAUGAUCUAGUGGUGCAUUUAACUCUUCCAAAUCUGUAAGUGCAAUAACUUCUUAUUUAGGACUGGGAUAAAGUUUUUGCAUCCGUGCCUAGAUAAAACAAGUUAGUGUGUGUACUAAGGAUGGCCACUGAGAUUAUACUUUUCCUGUGCUUAUAUAAUUAUUUCUUUCCUAAUGUGAAGGGGAUGGGCAGUGUAGCUACAAGUCCAUGUUAAACCGAACAAAAGUGAAAUUUUUUUUCUAAUAGAUGUUUUACACAGCAUGGGAGAAGGGUUCUUCUUUGCUGGCUUUAACUGCUUAACUUGGAAAUUCUGGAGAACUUGAGAUGGCAGAGAAGCAAAUGAUGCCUUAGGGUUAUCAUCUUCAGAGGAAUGCUUGAAAGAAGCCAUUGUGAGUGGCAUUUGUUUUUCAUGAUCUUUGCAUUUUUUUCAUUAUGUCAACUGUCAACUUAUAUUUUCCAGCGGUCAUCUGUCGUCUAUCUUCCUACGUUAGACAUUCAGACUGACUGACCUUGUGUGACUUCCGCCAUCAUCUGUGGUUUUUGUUUAACUCGUAAUGUUUAUGAGAUUUUGUGUUUUAUCCAGUCAGCAUUUCUUUAUAGCAUUUAUAGUCAAAUUAGUUAAAACUUUUUUAUAUCUGUUUUUACUGUUUUUCUCAAAUUUCUAAUUUCUGUAAAUGAAAUCUAUCAACAUCUUGUUUGUUAAAUGGUUAAAAACAGAGCCGAUAGGUCGAGUGAACAUGAACCAAGAUCACGAUGACCUUCUCUUCUGUACCUGUGAUGUAUAUGCGAUUUGUGUUUUAACAAAAACAUUUGGUGUAUUUGUUGUUUUGCAUUGAACUAUUUAAGUAUUUUAAAGACUGGUCUGUUUGUUGUUAUGAACAUAAAGGAAACUGAUGUACAUGGCACUUCAUGUAAAAAUUCAUUGAUUACGUUCUUCUGAUCAGUGACCAGCUACACACUGCAUGUCCUCUGAUACUUCCAACUCAUACUAGUGCGAUAGUGACCAAAAAAAAAUUAUGUAAUAAGUUAUGUAUUUUAGCUAAUUUCCUUUGCCUAGUAUGUAUUUUCCCUCCCAAGGAACCAAAAUCUUACCUAGUAGACUAAAUCCUGUAACAUAUAUGAAAUUUACCCUUGUGUAUGUCCAAUGUACAAGUAUUGCAAACACUUUUCAUAGUGUAAUUACAUUCUGCAAAGAGGGGUCUUUGCUUAACUAAUGAAUGUAUAUGUUGCCAAAUGUCUUCUUAACAUUCUCAUUGUUGGCCAAAGUCUGAAAACAUUAUAAUUAUAGUGUAGCAUGCACCGCUCACAUCAUGUUGGUAACUGCGGCAUGCACCGCUCACAUCAUGUUGGUAACUGCGGCAUGCACCGCUCACAUCAUGUUUGGUAACUGCGGCAUGCACACCACAAUUAUAAUGUAGUAUGCACCGAUGUGACACCGGUGACUGUGGCAUCCACACUGCUCUUGGAACCAAGCUCAUAUCCACCAAACAUUAUCCUAAAUUCUGGGCAGUAACUCCUUAGCCAAUGCAGUCUUGGCUAGUCCGAUGUCCAGGUAAAUAUAUAUAUAUAUAUGGGCAAGUCAUUACACAUCAUUACAUGUACACAGGAAUUGUGAUGACCUUAAUUACUGUGAACUAGUGGACUACAGUGCAUUGAGAAAUGCUUUACAAGCAAUGAACUUUCACCAUUUUUUUUUCCACAAUGGCAAAAGCCCAAACCUGAAAUGUGGUGGGGAAUUUUAUGUAAUGUAUUAAUAUUUGCUACCCAUUGAACAUUUGGAAACAAAAAGGUAAUGUUCUACUUUCCUAACAUACAAAAAGAUUUUUGGAUUUCUAUUUGUGUUUUGUAUUAUUAAUAAUUAUUUAAAAGAAUUUUAAUUUGCAAAUUAAAUUUUCCAAAAUACUACAUUUUGAAGCUGAAAUUAUUGUUAUUAAAUUAACUUUAUAAAAGUUCUAUUUAAAAUAUUGUUUGCACUCACAAUCACUCAUGUAUGAAUUCAUUGAUUUUAUUUUAUAUGAAUGGGAAUAAGUCAGUGAGUAUUAUUGAUAAUUGUACUUUUUAAGGCAGUUAAUUGCAUAUGACAGACAGAUGUAAAUACCGGACACGCUGUUGAAAUGAUCAUGUCUGUAUAUUUAUCUGUGCUUUUGUAUAAUAAAGUAUUUAAAGAAAUUAAA